UUUGGAGCUCGAGGAGGGGCGACACCGCCUCCGAGAGUCGCUGCGCCGCUCGCGUCUCCAUCGCCCGCGCUCCCCUCUCCCGCGCGCGUUGCCUGGUCCUCGCGACGGUGGCAGCAGAUGAAGGAGCCGGCGGGAGGCCGCCUGGAGCCCCUGCCUCGCCGCCGCCUCCGCCUCCGCUCGGGCAAGAUGGGAGCGAAAUGAGCCCUGAGCCGGAGCCGCCGCCGCCGCCUCCUCCUCUUCCUCCUCCUCCUGCUGCAGCUCCGGCCCGGGAAGCGGAGGUGGUAGCCCUGACGGUGGCGGCGGUGGUGGAAGGCGAAGCGGCAGCAGCAGCGGCGAGUGGCGGUAAAAAGUGGGGCAGCCGCAUCAUGUUGGUGAGGAGAAUCGGCCUCAAACCGGGUGGAGGCACUUCGCAAGGUAUUGGUAGACCAAGCGUGUACCAUGCAGUUAUUGUCAUCUUCCUUGAAUUUUUCGCUUGGGGACUGCUCACAACACCAAUGCUCACAGUCUUACGUGAAACAUUUCCUCAGCAUACAUUUCUAAUGAAUGGUCUCAUUCAAGGAGUGAAGGGUUUUUUAUCAUUCAUGAGUGCUCCACUGAUAGGUGCUCUGUCCGAUGUUUGGGGACGAAAGUCUUUCCUACUUGUUACAGUUUUCUUCACUUGUGUCCCGAUUCCUUUAAUGAAGAUAAGUCCAUGGUGGUAUUUCGCUAUGAUUUCUGUGUCUGGGAUUUUUGCUGUUACAUUUUCUGUGAUAUUUGCUUAUGUAGCUGACAUAACACAAGAACAUGAGAGAAGCACUGCAUAUGGAUUGGUAUCUGCCACAUUUGCAGCAAGCUUGGUAAUUAGUCCGGCCAUAGGAGCACACCUGUCUAGUUUAUAUGGUGAUAACUUGGUGGUCUUAGUUGCUACGGUGGUGGCCGUGGUCGAUAUCUGUUUCAUUCUACUGGCAGUACCAGAAUCUUUACCAGAAAAAAUGAGACCACCUUCUUGGGGAGCCCUUAUAUCAUGGGAACAAGCAGAUCCUUUUGCAUUUUUUGUUUGUUGGUGGACAAUGCAUGAACAGUCAUUGAAAAGAGUUGGAAAGGAUUCUACGAUUUUGCUGACCUGCAUCACUGUCUUUCUUUCAUACCUGCCUGAAGCUGGCCAGUAUUCUAGCUUUUUCCUGUACUUGAGACAGGUGAUAAAAUUUGAGUAUGCUACCAUUGCGGCAUUCAUCGCUGUCAUUGGGAUUCUUUCAAUAGUUGCUCAGACUGUCUUUCUCAGUAUCCUCAUGAGGUCCAUAGGAAACAAAAACACAGUUCUCCUUGGCCUUGGUUUUCAGAUGUUCCAGCUGGCCUGGUAUGGUUUUGGUUCUCAGCCUUGGAUGAUGUGGGCAGCAGGAGCUGUAGCAGCCAUGUCAAGUAUUACAUUUCCAGCAAUCAGUGCUCUGGUGUCACGAAAUGCAGACUCAGACCAACAGGGGGUCGUCCAGGGGAUAAUAACUGGAAUCAGAGGUCUGUGCAAUGGUCUUGGUCCUGCUCUGUAUGGCUUUAUCUUCUUUCUGUUCCAUGUGAAGCUUAACGAGUUGGCUCCUGUUCAGGAUAAAAAGGCUAUGCAGGAUCCAAGUGAUGAGAGUGCAAUUAUACCUGGCCCACCUUUCCUGUUCGGUGCAUGUGCAGUCCUUCUAGCUUUUCUAGUUGCCUUAUUCAUCCCUGAGCACAGUAAAGCCAGCAGUACCAGAAAGCACAGCAACAGCAUCAGCAGUAACCAGAGCAACAACCCAGACAGAGGCAGCGAUGAGGACAUUGAGCCACUGUUGCAAGACAGCAGCGUAUGAGAGCUAGAAUUUUCUAAUGCUACUAUAGACUGCAAGCAAGCAAAACUCAUGCACUGAGCUCUGAAUCCAGAGCAGGAUUUAACUGGAGUGAGCUUUUGAUCUAUCAGAAGCUUUGCACAUUUCACUCACCCAAGGUGUACUGUACAGGUAGCCACUGGUGUCCCAUUCGGGCAGAUUUCAACCACUUAAUGUGUUUUUUGUAUAACACUCUGAAGUAGUUAUUUUUAUGUAUCGGUGCAAAUGCUCUCAAGCCCAAUAUUGAACUGAGAAUUUGGAAUACAGUAUAUUAGAAAAUACUUUCAAACACAAUUGAACACUGAGUACCCAAAUUCACUGUGAGAUAACCACAGCCCUGGCCAAAGUACUAAAUGGUUAAGCUUUUCCAUUAUGCACUUUCAUUGGGUAAAUACUUCCUGGUAGCUUUUUUGGGAAAAUGCUGUAUGUGAGUAAAAGCUACUGAUGGAUAAAAGUAAUUACAAAAAUCCCUCCUUCAUAUGCUACUUUACUUCUCCUACUAAUAUGCUAUCUGAUAAAAUGAGUAUUGCGUAACUACUUAUAGAUGACAUGUCGUGGAAGAACUUCAGCCACCGAAAUAGCAGUUAUUUGCAAGCUUCACCUCUCAUUCCCAAGGACUCUAAACUUUAGACUUGUCUAAAAAGAGCUCCAGCUGGAACCCAAAGUGGGCAAAGCUAUUCUGUGUAGAUGGAAGGCAUUAGUGGUGCUCACUGAACUGCUUAGCAUUACCAAGAUGGCCAGUUCUGACAUAGAGACUAAUUAACCGGACACUGAGGCAAUUUACAUUGACUUGUGUGUAUUUAUUGCAUCAUCUGUCACUUUUUACCUGCCAUAUGAAGCACUCCGACCCUGUUAAUUUCACUCCUGCCUUAACUGCUACUUAGUGUGUGUGUGUGUGUGUGUGUUAUCAACUGUAUUUAGCUUCAUAUCAUUCUCAAUCUCUGAAGAAUCUCAUGGAUUACAGGUAUGACAUGCUUUUCCAAAAGAGGUGUUCAAGAUGGUUUAGUUUCUACAGAGUAUCAUGCUGUAAUUUUUAGAGGCAUUUUAUGAAAUUACACAGAUUUCUAUGUAUUUUGCAGCAGUGGAAAUGGACCAUCACACAAAAAUCUAAAAUACUCUUAUGAAUGUUUUAUAUGUAUUGAAUAUAUGUAGAUAUUUGUAAGAAGUUUUACUUUUUUUGCAGAUGAGGUACUGUGUAAAUCUUGUAUUUAUAAGUGUAAUGAGGGUGUUGACCAGAUAUACAGCUUUUAUAAAGGAUUGUGUAAUGACUGAACAAAAAUUAAAUAUAUAUAUAUAUAUAUAUAUUUUGAAACUUGUUCCGCCUUAAGCAAAGAUAUCAAACCUUUUGUACUAUGCAGUUUGGUUUUUAAGUUAAUAAGCUUCCUAAUGCAUAAUAAAUUUGCAACAUAUGUUACCCAU